AUGGCCUCAGAAAAAGUAAUGAAUGAAGAAAAGCCUGAAGAGGUAGAUCAUGAUCAGUUGUUUGAAAUUGCCAUGAAAGGCCAUUGGGACGAAGUAGUCGAGGUCUAUAAGAAGAGCUCAAAGGCUCGAAUGGCCAAACUCACCAAAUCAGAAGACACGGCUCUCCACUUAGCCGUCUCAGAUGGCCUCACAGACAUUGUUGUCAAGCUAGUUGAUAGCAUUCCUGCAAAUGAAGCUUCCAAAAUCCUUGAAAUCAAGAAUGGAGGAGGCAACACCCCUCUCCAUAUUGCGGCGAUAGUUGGGAACGAGGAUAUGUGUGUGUGCAUUGCCCUCAAACAAUCGAAUCUAAUCAUAGCUCGCAAUGCAGAGAGCAAGACACCUCUCUUCUUGGCAGCCCAUCUUGGGAAGCAAGGGCCUUUUCUUUGCCUCCAUGAGGUGUGGAAAAAAGAAUCAGUAGAUUAUACACCAUGUAGAAAGAGCAAUGGAGAUACUAUUCUUCAUACUGCAAUCGAUGGGGAGUACUUCAGUAAGUGUUGUAUAUUAUUGCAGAUUUUUUUUUUUUUUUUUUGGUGGUGGGGGAGGCCGGUAUUUUAAUAAAAAUGUUAAAAGUUGUUUUUUUUUUUUUUUUUUUUUUUUUUUAAAUGUUUUUAAUACAAUUUUAUGGUUACUUGAUUUUUUUUUUUUUUUUCUUGUAUUUAUUAAUUGUGGAAGCAUUUUGUUCCAACUUCAAUAAAAGAGGUUUUUUUUAUCUCUUUGAUUGACCCUCUCAUUCCUAUAAAUGUUUCAUCAUUUUAUGUGCCAUUUUGAGUCUAACUUAGAUGCAAGACUUGGUAAGAAAAUGGUUUUCAACAAAAACCCACUAGUCCAAUGGUACAAAUUUUUUGAAAGAGGGGAGGGUUCAAGCUCGA